AUGAUGAAGAAUCAGAGCCAGAUUCCAUCAAAGAGGCAAAAACUGGAUGAAAGUGUAUUGCCUGAUACUGAUGUGAUCAAAUCUGAAUUUAAAAAUGAAACAAAGUUGUUCCCAAGAGCCCCCACUACCAGGCUUCCAAGAUUGUGUCCCUAUCUAGAUACCAUAAACAGACAGUAUCUAGACUUUGAUUUUGAAAAGCUUUGUUCUGUAUCAUUAACAAGAAUUAAUGUGUAUGCCUGUUUAGUAUGUGGGAAAUACUUUCAAGGAAGAGGCACCAAUACUCAUGCCUAUACUCAUUCAGUUGCUGAAGGACAUCAUGUAUUUCUGAACUUGCAGACUCUUGGGUUUUAUUGUCUACCAGAUAAUUAUGAGAUCAUAGGCUGUACAUUUUCACUAGUCGCACUAUUCCAUCAUUUGAAAUCUCACGUAAUCACAUUCGCCCCCAAACUAGUAUUAGUUUUUUCACAUUUAUGGGAUUCAACCUGUUCGAUACUUCAACAGAGUUGUGCUAGUUACUUACUUGAUGAUGUUUAUUAUGAAUGUGUGAAUUUCAAUUUUAUUCCAGGCCCUAUCCCAUGUUACGCCAUUGAGGAAUUACUUUCUACGAGAAGAAAAUUAUUCCAGUGUUAAGAGGCCACCUGGCGACUCGGCAUACUUAUUGGUACAGAGAUUCGGAGAGUUAAUGAGGAAGUUAUGGAACCCAAGGAAUUUCAAAGCACAUGUCUCUCCCCAUGAAAUGCUGCAGGCAGUGGUCCUGUGGAGUAAGAAACAAUUCCAGUUCACAAAGCAAGGUGAUCCUAUCGACUUUCUCUCUUGGUUUCUGAACGCUCUGCAUCGUGCCCUCAAUGGCAACAAGAAAAAAGACAGUUCCAUUAUCCAUAAGUCGUUUUUGGGUAACAUGACGAUAUACACCAGAAAGAUUCCUUCCACAGACUUGAACGACAAAGAGAAAAAGAGUUUGCUUGCCACACCAGAAUAUCAAGAAGUCGCUACAGAUUCUCCUUUUUUGUAUCUGACGUGUGAUUUACCACCGCCACCGCUUUUCAUAGAUGAAUUCAGGGAGAAUAUCAUUCCACAGGUGAAUUUAUAUCAACUUCUCACCAAAUUCAAUGGACAAUCGGAGAAAGAAUACAAAACUUAUAAAGAAAAUUUCAUGAAGAGAUUCGAAAUAACACGGUUACCUCCAUUUUUGAUACUCUAUAUCAAACGAUUCACUAAGAAUACAUUCUAUGUUGAAAAGAAUCCAACAAUUGUGAAUUUUCCAGUAAAAAAUGUUGAUUUUGCUGAAUUUUUAACUCCAGAAGUCAACGCCAGACACAAAAACACAAUAUACGAUCUGGUUGCCAAUAUCGUUCAUGAUGGAGAACCCAAUAAAGGUACAUACAGGGUACAUAUUUUACAGAAAUCAACAGGACAAUGGUAUGAAAUGCAAGAUUUGCAUGUGACAGAUAUUCUACCACAAAUGAUAACAUUAACAGAGGCUUAUAUUCAGGUGUAUGAACUCAGAAGUUGA